UCAAUUUCUCCAAAAAAGGAGUCAUGGAAUUUGGUUGUUAAAGUUGUGCGAUUAUGGUUUCUGUCUGAUCUCAAUGUUAAACAUAAAUUUUAUGCGAUGGAAACGGGUGAUAAAAUUCAAGCAAUAGUGCGAAAAGCUCUUAUUCCUCGAUUUGAGACUACUAAUCGUGAGGGAGUUGUGUACAACUUCCGUCCUCUCGGUGUUGCGUCUAACUCUGGAGCAUAUAGAACAACCGAACACCAAUUUAAAUUGAAUUUUCAAAAUAGUACAAUUGUCCAAGAAUUAGAAACCAGUUUGGUCACAGCCUCUCCGUACUCAUUGAUUUCAUUCCCAGAAAUUCGAAAUGUUGACAUGGAUUACUUGAUUGAUGUCAUGGGAAUUUUAGUUGGAGUGGAACAAGACAGAGUUUAUGAAAGGAAUGGUGUCAAUACAAAAUUUAAAGUUAUUGAGUUAGAGUCAGAUGGUUAUAAUCAAAAUGUUGUUGUACUUGCUCAGUUUCUAAAAGUGAAGAUGUUUAAUGGUAAAAGCCAACUACAAAAUCCAAUGAACUGUACUAAGCUUUUAUUCAACUCUGAAAUUCCUAAGUCAGUUUCUUUCAAACUCAAACACUCGCAUAACUUUGACUCGCCAACUCAACCAUUGACUCAUAAGAAGGAUACUUCUCAUUUGAGUUUAGAAGAAGAAUUUUUAAGUCUUUUCCAACGCAUGACUAUAGAGGAACUUAAGGAUUGUCAAAAUGACAUGAUUUAUGUUGUCUUUGGUACAGUUAAACAUAUUCUUGGUGAUGGUGAUUGGUGGUAUGGAGCAUGUGUAUGCAACAAAGGAGUUGUUAUUGAAACUAAAAGUCAAUAUAUCUUCUCAAUUUUAUUGUCCGGUUAUAAUCAAAAUGUUGUUGUACUUGCUCAGUUUCUAAAAGUGAAGAUGUUUAAUGGUAAAAGCCAACUACAAAAUGCAAUGAACUGUACUAAGCUUUUAUUCAACCCUGAAAUUCCUGAGUCAGUUUCUUUCAAACUCAAACACUCGCAUAACUUUGACUCGCCAACUCAACCAUUAACUCAUAAGAAGGAUACUUCUCAUUUGAGUUUAGAAGAAGAAUUUUUAAGUCUUUUCCAACGCAUGACUAUAGAGGAACUUAAGGAUUGUCAAAAUGACAUGGUUUGUGUUGUCUUUGGUACAGUUAAACAUAUUCUUGGUGAAGGGGAUUGGUGGUAUGGAGCAUGUGUAUGCAACAAAGGAGUUGUUAUUGAAUCUAAAAGGUUUUUUUGCUCAAAAUGUAAAAAAUAUGUAUGGACAAUUGUGCCCAGGUACCGUAUCAAGGUUAGAGUCGUUGAUGAUACUGAUUCUGCUACCUUUGUCAUAUUUGAUCAUGACGGAAUUUCGCUAACAAACAAAUCAUGUCUAAAUUUGCUUCAUGAAAUGGAUCAAGAUCCACAAUCUGACAUCGUGCCAAAAGAAAUUGGAGAUUUGGUUGAAAAACAAUUGCUAUUUAAGAUAGAGGCAAAAAAUGAUGUGAACUCAAAUUUUGAAAAAUCAUUUCGAGUCAAAAAACUUUGUGGUGACUUGGAUAUUAUAAAAAAAUUGAGAUAUGUUGCUGUUGAAAAGGUUGAUGUUGGUCUUGAUAACCACAUAGAAGGUGGUGUAACAAAUGAUUUGAAUAAUAAGUUUGAAGAAGAAGCUACUGAUGACAAAUAUCAAGUCCCAAACUCUGUCCAUGUACCCGUACCAGUUGAAUACGAUUAUAAUGAUUGUACCCCUCUUAAAAGGGGAUUCAUAGAAGUCGCUGAUGAUAAUGAUGGAGUCAAUUCGAAGAAUGUGAAAAAUGUCAAAAUUGAGAAGGAGUGA